ACAGGCAGGCAUGAGAGCAGGUGCCAAGGAUUGUUUACAGAACUUGAUUUCCAUCCCGGAGUUUUUAUCUUAAACCUGCUGCUGUCCCGGAUGGACAGUGUGUCCAGCACAGACAUCCCUUCUGAUCGGGCUGCACUGGCCCUUGGCCCUGCGCUGCAGGCCUGGGGGGCCCAUUGCAGGCUGAGCGAGUGAAUGCCUCACUGGGCUCCAGUUAACCUCCCCGCAGCCUUCCUUCUUCAUUCCAUCACUCCUGGCGUCAGCAACAUGAUCGCCAAGCUCGCCAAAACCUGUACCCUCCGCAUCAGCCCGGAUAAGCUGAACUUCAUCCUCUCCGACAAAGUGGCCAACGGAGGCGUGAGCAUGUGGUGUGAGCUGGAACAGGAGAACUUCUUCAGUGAAUUUCAGAUGGAAGGUGUCUCCGCUGAAAACAACGAGAUUUAUUUAGAGCUGACAUCGGAAAAUUUAUCUCGAGCUUUGAAAACUGCCCAGAAUGCCAGAGCCUUGAAGAUCAAGCUGACUAAUAAACACUUCCCUUGCCUCACAGUCUCCAUAGAGCUGUUAUCAGUGUCGAACAGUAGCCGCAUUGUGACACAUGACAUCCCCGUUAGGGUCAUUCCUAGAAAAUUGUGGAAGGAUCUGCGAGAGCCUACAGUCCCAGACGCCGACGUUAGCAUCUAUUUGCCAGUCUUGAAGACCAUGAAGAGCAUCGUGGAAAAAAUGAAAAACAUCAGCAAUCACCUUAUCAUUGAAGCAAACCUAAAUGGAGAAUUGAACUUGAAAAUAGAAACGGAGCUAGUGUGCGUUACAACCCACUUUAAGGAUCUCGGGAACCCUCCGUCAGCCUCUGAAGAUGCCUCUCGGGAUAGAAACCCGGAGCAGAUGGCCGAGGUGCGUAUCGAUAUCCGGAGGCUUCUGCAGUUCCUCGCCGGACAGCAAGUGAACCCGACAAAGGCCGUGUGCAACAUCGUGAGCAACAAGAUCGUCCAUUUUGAUUUGCUCCACGAGGACGUCUCCCUGCAGUACUUCAUCCCGGCCUUCUCGUAGGCUGCGUCCGGCCCCCUCUUCCCUCGGUUCCGUGCUGGUGGGAACUGGAGCUUGCAGAGCACAGUUGGAUAAACACACUACUUCGUGUUG